AUGUCGAAAAGGGACAGUCUGUUGAUGGAUAAUUCUGAUAAAUAUCAAUAUCAGAAAAGACCGCAUCAUCGACUGCUGCAUCUUUUGGCAGCCUUUCUGCUGCUCACUGGAGGUUAUUUUUAUUUCUUUCAGGACUAUGGCUAUCAUCACCUCCAAACUUUAUCAAAGCUGGAACAAUUCCAACAAUGCUCUAUCAACAAUCUACUCGACACUGGCCUGUACUUUUUGGACAACGCCUCUCCUGCCACAGUGGAGGAUUACGAAGAGCGUCGCAUUCGCCUAGCCAAAGCUCUUGUGCAAGACAAUGUCGAUGCCUUUACAGUCGAACCUGGCUACACAUUCAAGUAUUAUGCCAACGUCAGUCAGCCCGAGUGGGAGGUUUGGGAGCCAGAAGAACGACCGUUUCUUAUGAUUGUUCGUCCAUAUAUACAACCCCAAACUGGCGAGAUCACUGCUCAGACUUCAUUUCUCUGUCCAUCCUUCGAGGCAGAACGAGCUCGUCUUCUAGGAAUGCCUUUUGUUGAUUCUAUCGACAUUAUUCCAUGGGAAGAGCACUGGAACCCAUACAAAACUCUCAAAUUAUCGAAUAUCUUCACAGACCUACAGCACACCCCUCGAUUGAUGGUCGAUGAAGAAAUGCGCGACUUUAUCCAGCGUGGCUUAUCACACGCUGGCUUUGAAGUUAGUGGACUGCAAGGCAACGUCGAGGCAGUGAGACAGAUCAAGUCAGAUCGCGAACUGGGCAUCUUGCAGGCAGUCAAUACGGGCACGGUGGAAGCUGUGAGACAGAUGAGAAAGUGUCUCUAUCCUGGACUGACGGAGAGUGAAAUUGCCCAAGUCUUGGAUAAUACGCUUUCUGCUGUUGGCCUGGAGCCAUUCUUUGAUAUUGUUCUGUUUGAUGAGAAUGCUGCAAAUCCUCAUGGAGGCACGAAUGGAAGUAAAGUCCUCGAGGCGGACACGUUUGUUUUGAUCGAUGUUGGAGCACAUCUUUAUGGCUAUUCGUCCGAUAUCUGUCGCACAUUCUUUCCGCCAUUCUUCCCCAAGCCAUCUGACGAGACGGAGUUGUCUAUCUCAGUCAAAGAGAAGCUAAAGGCAAGUAACAUUCUCCCACGUUCACGCCAUUAUACUAAUAAAAAUUGCAAGGUCUGGGAUGUUGUCUUCGAAGCCCAAACACAGUCAAUCAAGCAGUUCCACACCAACUCCACCGCAGCCAGUGUAGACAUUGCUGCUCGUCAGGUCAUCACAGAGGCCGGAUACGGAGAAGCAUUUACUCACCGUGUUGGCCAUGGAAUUGGAAUCAAAGCCCACGAAAGCCCCUAUCUCAACCAAGGCAAUGUCGGCACUAUUCUUAGAGCUGGUAUGGCCUUUACCUCGGAGCCGGGUAUCUACUUGGUGGAUAAGUUUGGUGCCAGGCAUGAAGAUAUUUUUGUUGUGCAGGAUGACGGCAUAGAACCUUUGCUUUUGACUGGAAGACGUGCUCAGGGGCCGUGGGAUCCUUGAUUUGCCAUUUUAUAUAUCUAAUACAUGGAUGUGUUUAUUUAUCUUCCAAGUUGGGGAUCUUCUGCUUAAAUAUAUAGUAGAUCCAUUCAACUGGAAACUGAAAAGGGGUUUCGACCACACCCGAGUGGCUGGUGAUCCUCUCGCGAUGCAGCACAGAGGGACAUCUCUUCAAAGUGAGAUCCCGGAUAUUAUAUCCGUCCAUGAUCGUUGGUGCAUGCGACAAGGUCAGAAUCAAGUGUUCCAUUGGAAAAUAUUAUUAGACAAAUUGUAUCUAAAAAGAAUAAUCGGCAACUCUAUUCAACUUGGAAAGAUAAACAAUAUUAGAAAGAGAUGAGCACCGGCAUAUGCAUUCUAUGUUCCCAGACAACCAAUUCUUAUGCCUUGUAGAACAGGGGAUUGUUAGGUUCACAGACGGUGCCCGGAUUUGGCAGCGU